ACAUUAGCUUUUAGAUCUCUCUUGAAGGGAGCUGCUAUGUUUUUGCCUGCGAGAGGUGGAAAUAACAGUUAAGCAUUUGGAAGAAGCUAGGUGAAUUUUCAGAAGGGGCCUUUCCCCCUUUGAGUGAGUGCAGGAAAAGUCCUUUUAACUACCUGGUACUUGCUUCAGAUUGGCUGGACCUUAAGGAGAGUGCUCAAGAUGUUAGUGGUCUCAGCUGGUUGCUGAGAGAAAUAGAUGCCACGCAACCGGGCUGCAGAUCAAGACAGAAGCCUGUGAAACAGGAAAGGACAUCAGGUGGGCAAAGAGUAUUGGUUAGUUUAUUGAUCAGAUGCCACAGCAGGAGGAGAAGAUCACCCUGAGGAUGCCACUUUGAUUGAAGACUAUCUCUUACACCCAUAACCAUCACCCAAUCUGGUUAUUUGAUGCUCUGUACAGGAAUGCCUGCAUCAACCAACCAAGUUCUGGUCUUCUGCUCCAUCCAUGUAGAAAAAACUGUAAUGACAGUGGAAAAUUGGAAGUCUGAAUUUCAGCUUUCUUAGAAAGAGCGCCUGCCUGACACAUCUCUGUGGUAUUUAAAUAAGAGGAGGAAUAAGAUCACCAAGAUGUUGUGUGCAGAGAUGACAACGUUGACAUGAAGAAUAGGUAAUUCACAGUUCAUCUUUCCCCCCCAUUCCCCAGCCACGGGGAAAACAACCAGACUCCACAAGAGAUCAGAACAAGUAAGACGAGGGGGGAAAGGAUUUUCUUUUUCUGAAAAAAGAAAGAAAGAAAAUAAUCACUGCAUCCUUGAUUAAAGGCAAAAUAUGGACCAAGCUGUGCUCAGAGUUGUGGUGAGCCUUCUCUGGAAUUAUUGGAUUUUAAUAAGUUCUGCGAAGGGAGGCAUAGGAGACAAUCAUGUCCAUUCUAGUUUUAUUUACCGGAGAUUGCGGAACCAUGAGCGAAGAGAGAUCCAGAGAGAAAUUCUUUCCAUACUGGGCUUACCUCACAGACCCAGGCCUUUUUCACCUGGAAAACAAGCGUCUUCAGCACCACUUUUCAUGCUGGACCUCUACAACGCUAUGACGAAUGAAGAAGAUACUGAAGAACUGGAAUACUCACUGCAGGGAACCACACUGGGUGGAGAGAGCAAAGGGCUUCGGAAGCGACAUCCUGCAUCUCCAAACGGAUACUCUCGGAGGAUACACUUAUCGCGCACAACUCAGCUGACCACACGGAACCCUCCUUUAGCUAGCCUGCAUGAUACCAACUUUCUGAAUGAUGCAGAUAUGGUCAUGAGCUUUGUCAAUUUAGUUGAAAAAGACAAAGAUUUUUCCCACCAACGGCGACAUUACAAAGAAUUCCGUUUCGACUUGACUCAAAUCCCUCACGGAGAGGCAGUGACGGCAGCUGAAUUCCGGAUCUACAAGGAUCGAAGUUACAGUCGAUUUGAGAACGAAACCAUUAAAAUUAGCAUUUACCAGAUCAUCAAGGAGUACCCAAACAGGGAUGCUGACCUCUUCCUAUUAGACACAAGACAGGCACAAGCCUCUGAUGUUGGCUGGCUUGUGUUUGACAUCACUGUGACCAGCAAUCACUGGGUGAUUAAUCCACAGAAUAAUUUAGGAUUGCAGCUCUGUGCAGAGAUGGCAGAUGGUCGUAGUAUCAAUGUAAAAUCAGCUGGCCUUAUAGGAAGACAUGGUCCUCAGUCAAAGCAGCCAUUCAUGGUGGCAUUCUUUAAAGCCAGUGAAGUCCUUCUUAGAUCUGUUCGAGCUGCCAACAAUAAAAAGAAAAACCAGAAUCGCAACAAAUCCAGCAGUCCUCAGGAUUCUUCAAGAAUAUCAAGUGUUGCAGAUUACAACACAAGUGAGCAGAAACAAGCCUGUAAAAAACAUGAACUCUAUGUGAGCUUCCGAGACCUUGGGUGGCAGGAUUGGAUCAUAGCUCCAGAAGGUUAUGCUGCAUUUUAUUGUGAUGGAGAGUGUUCAUUUCCUCUCAAUGCCCAUAUGAAUGCUACAAAUCAUGCAAUUGUGCAGACUCUGGUCCAUCUGAUGUUCCCAGAUCAUGUCCCCAAGCCUUGCUGUGCACCAACAAAACUGAAUGCAAUCUCCGUGCUUUACUUUGAUGACAGUUCAAAUGUUAUUUUGAAAAAAUACAGAAAUAUGGUGGUACGAUCAUGUGGUUGUCACUAGACUCAAUAUUUAAAUCGGAAGUAAUUCAAGACAAGCAUUUUAACAGAGCUGUGCAAAAUAUCUUCUAAGAUAUACCACUGUAUUUGUAGCCAGAGAACUUGGGACCAUCUCAUUACAUUUGUCCAAAGUGAUUGGGGAGGGGCUAACAUAAUUUGAGGAAGUACCACAUUUACCACAUUUUAUUUUCAUUUUGCUGUCUGGACAACAUUUUGCAUCCUCCAUAAUUCUUUAAAUGUAGCAUAGCUUGCAGGGGGGCAUGACGGAGGAUGAAACUGACGUUUACUACAAAAUAUGAUGAAGGGUCUUUAUAUUACCAAAGUAAUCUCUCCUCCUCCUAAAGAAUGAGGAAAAAAAAGAUUUUUCUUAGAAUAUAACUUCUAAGAAACUUCAACUCAGCUUUUAAAUUUACAGUAUAAAUAAAAAAAUCUCCUCUUUUCUCUCUCUCUCUCUCUCUCUCUCUCUCUCUCUCAAAAGUGAUUUCCUCAGCAAGUUAUUCCAGACUGCUAUUUCUCGUUUCAUGUACAGUAUUAUGUACAUAGUAGCUUUUAUUUAUUUAAAGAUAUAUAGUAUCUUUUGUAUGGAUGACCGUUCAAAUGCUUUAUUAAUACGAGUUUAUCUUACUACGUCGUAGAACAUUGAAGACAGAUUUUCAGUUAAUCAUGCUGAGAUUUUUUUCAUAUUUAAAAAAUAAGGCCUUUGUACAGUGCUCUCUUUUUUCCCUUUUUAAACACAGAAAUGCCAGAACUCCUGUGACUGUUUUAUAUUGUUAAAGGAAAUUGAAUACAUUUGGCUACAUUGUGCCAAUGAAAACUCUGGCGGGCUAUUUAUUUAGAAAAGGCACUGAAAAAGGGCUAAAAGAUUGCUUAGCUUAACACAAUUCUCCUUUUAGAAGUUCAGCUCCAUUAGAUAAAGUAAGACAUUGAAUCAUGUUUAAAUAAAUAAAUGGUAGUUUAAAUGUAGAGCCUGAAAGAUUGCACAUAAUGGUGAGAGCUGUUUUCUUGAGCGUAGCCAGUGUAACAGUGGGAACUAUGUUACUUCUCUUUGCUUGUGGCUUGCAGAUUUUGCUGGAGGCCCAUUGCUUGUAUGCAGAACUUUCCAACUUGAGUUUGUGGUGGAGAGCAAUAAUACAACAUUCUUACCUCACAUAAAUACAUGCUAUUGAUCUAUUGUCUCUCUAACACUACUAUGCUGCAGUGGAUUAGUUUAUCUUCAUGGACCAAAUGAGCCAAUCAUCUUCCUUGACUAGAGUUAGUGAAAUUGAGAUUUUUUUUAAAAAAAAAACUCUCAUGCCAUUUUCACAGAGGAAUAUUUGAAUGAAACAGAUGCCCAUUUACCAAAUAUUCCUCUUCAAUCACUUGCAUUCCCAGCCUAUGGAUGACUAGUCAGAUAUAAUCCCUACUAUAGAGCCUAUCCCUUGCAUAUUGUCUCUCCCAUUUAACAGUAAAGUCCCAAUGAAAUCAAAAGAUCUUAAUUUUGAGUAGAUUUGUUUAGAUUUACACUAUAUAGCCCUCCUGUUAGCAUUAUUAAAUAAGAUUUCUCUGUGUGGCACAGGGCUGGAUGAGAAAGCACAGACUAUGUCAAUAAUGUGGCCAAGUGUAUGGAGUUUCAGAAAAAUUCAUUAUUCGGAAUAACAUCUGAAGUUGUGAUAUUUUAUCAUCUUGUUAAAUUUGUUGUGAUACUAAAUAAACAUGGUUUGCAGAGUUUUUUUGGAUUACAUGAUGCAUUUCCAUUGCUUUUAACUAUGUUUAACUUACCACAAAGCUUUGCUUAAACUGCAGUUCAUGAACUGUAAUGUAUAUUAAGAUAGUUACCACCGAUAAAUAUGCUGAUUUGAGAAGAAUUUGAGGAAUCACAAAAGUCUCUUCCUGUGAAGUCUGCUCCAAUUUGUUUGGAAAUCAUUUUUAAAGGAAAUGGAUUUGUUUGUGAUUUAGACAGAUGGAAGGUAUGAUGUUUGGAACUGAGUUUAUAUUAAAUAAAGUUUGAAAAAUGUAUUUUGGGUACAUUAAAUAAUAUAUUUUUGAAUGAAGGUGUACCAUUUUGAGUGUAUGAAAUUGAAGAUUAUAUUAUUCUUUGAAAUGUCCUGUUGAAAGUUAAGUCUAUAUUUUAAGAUCUAAUAAACUUGAAAUCUUAACUCA